CUAAACUCUGUAAUCUGUUGGGUACUGACCCUUAGAAAAGAGUUGGUUUGAAGUACAUCUCAGAAUUUUAUGAAUAGGUGGGAGUAAAUGUUUCUCUUAAACACUUCUAACAUUCCCGUCAGUGCCGUAUCUGGGCAAUUGAUCAUCAGUAUAGAAGGAAAUAUCUAGGAGGAUUUGGGGUUCUCUGAAAUAUUUUUUUAAAUGUUGCCCUCUCCCUAUGUUUCUCAUUUAUACAUUUGUAGAGUUUAGGGCCAGAAAGGAUCAUUAGAUCAUCCGGUCUGAUCUGUGUAUAACAGGCCCUUAGAUUUCACUCAGUUACCGAUUUUAUUGAGCCAGGUAACUUGUUGAUUAAAUCCUAACUUGUAUUUUUGCUAAAGCAAAUCUUCCAGAAAGUCAUCAGUCUUGAUAUGAAGACAUAAGAGAGAUUAUGCUUUCUCUCCUACACUAAAGAGACCUUUACUACCUAGUAUUUAUUCUUUGAGAAAGUACUUAGACACUGUAAUCAAGUCACCUCUCAAUCUACUUUUUGAUAAAUUUAACAGAUUGACCUCUUUAAGUCUCCCACAGAAGGCAUUUAUUCCAGUCCUCAAAUCAUUUUUGUGGUUCUCUUCUGCACCCUUCUCAAUUUUUCACCUCCUUUUAAAAAUAUGGACACUAGAACUGUAUGCAGUAUUCUAUGAUCUGUCUCCCCAAUGCUAUAUACAAAGGUAAAAUCAACUCACUACUUUCCUUUUUAUACAUCCAAGAUUCACAUUACCCCUUUUUUGCCACAGCAUUUCAUUGGGAUCUCAUACAUAUUGAGUUACUUGUUCUUAAGGCUAGUUGAGAUGGAAAAACAAUCGUACUGUGUAGUAUUCUAAUGGGGGAUAUGUUCAGGUAGCUCACCUCUAAACUUUGGUGUACCACAUAAUUUUGCUCAAAGAGACAAUGCUAUGGUUAUCAGUGUUAGAACACUGCUUUGAUUCCUAACCUUAGUCCUACUCAUAACCACCUUCUAGUUAUGUAUCCUUUUUUCCCACCCUGUCCUUCAUUCUCUCUCUCAUUCAUGUAUCUGUUUUCUUUUUCCUUGCAUCUUUUUUUCCCCUAUAUUAAGACCAUUCAAUCAGUAAUUCUUUACACAUCAGUUUCCGUCAACUGCCAUUGCACAUGUAAAUCAUUUCUGCCCUCCUUCUUAGAUGGAAAAUUAAGAUUAGAAAAUUUCUUUCUGUUAAUCUCCUCACAUGUAGAACUGCUUGCAAAGGGAAACUGAAGAAAGAUGAUCAUGGCUCCUUAAGAAAAAUGCUUCUUUGCUCAAGUGCCACUUUGCCUGCUUUUGUUACAAAGUGGCACUUUGCCUGCCCCACCGGCAGACAACUGAUCAGGAUUUGUGGAACAUAGCCAUCACUGUAUGGUAAACUUACUACACAUAUGCACUUUGGGAAAAACAGUAGUUUGUUUUUGAUCCUGACAGCAGCUCUUCAUUUACAAAUAUCAUAAGAUUAUUGGUGGGUAAAUUGAUUAUCAAAUUAAAAUAUAGAGACAAAAACUUAUAUUGUUGCUCUAAUUAUAAUAAGAGCACUUUAGUAAACAGAUCUUUCAUUUAUUAUUAUGAAAGAUUCCAAACAUACAUAGUUCCCAAGUGAUUUAUUUUAACCACUAAAUAUAUACAUGCAAAAGAUCUCAUUUUUGCACAAAAGUAAAUCAAAUGAGCUGCAAGAUUUAAUGGAAUAAAUAUGUUUAACACAGUAUUUCAGGAAAGGGUGUGUGUGUGUGAGGGGGGUGCGCGGCGGAUGUUUGAUAUAGUCAUUCCAGUAGUAAAAUACAAUUUUUUUCCCAAUCACUCUCCAUUGCCAGCAACGUAUUCAUUGAAACCAUUGGUGAAAGGAUUUUGUAUAUCCUAUCACUGGUUCAACAGUUUCUACUGUAGCAAGCUGGAUGAAUUUUAACAAUGUCAAAAGUUAAGGCAAUAAUAGCCUAAAGGUCUGUUUAAUUCAGUUGCUAUUUUCAGUAGAAAACAUGACCAUAUGUUCAUGGUUAUCUUUCUGUGCUAUACACAGAAAUGCUUGCUAAAGAUCUUAAAUUAUCAUUAUUUCUUAUUUUGAGUAUUUGAAAGAUUAGAGAUUUCAGAGUGGUAGCCGUGUUAGUCUGUAUCAUCAAAAACAAUGAGAAGUCCUUGUGGCACCUUAGAGACUAACAAAUUUAUUUGGGCAUAAGCUUUUGUAGGCUAGAACCCACUUCAUCAGAUGCAUGGAGUGGAAAAUACAGGAGCAGGUAUAAAUACACGAAAAGAUGCGAGUUGCCCGACUCAGACUUAGACUGACUUCACACUUGUUUUUGAAAGAUUAAACUUUUCUGUUGUUGAAAUCAAACCAUUUUCAGAAUUACUUUAUUCUGUAACCGAAUGAUACCUGAUAUAUGAAAGUUUAUCAUGCAUGCUUUUUUUUUUUUUUUUUUGGUAGCCAAGGACUACAAAGGUAUGCCCACUGGAUUCUGGCUUCCACGAGGCAGUAACCCUGGCUAUUAGUCUGGUCUCAAUCAAUUACCACCCUUUAACACUGAUCUGCUAGUCUCUUGUCUUCUUUCUUUCCCCCGCCCCUUAAAUUCUAUUUCCUCUCUAUGCAGCUGUUCUAUUGUAGUGUAAACUUUAUGGUUAAGAGACUAGCCUCUUAGGAGAAACUAUGCAGCUCUGUGACUGGAUGUAAAGGGACAUAACAGCAAUUAUACAAUUGCUGCCUCUGCAGUGACCUUAACAUCUCUGUAUCUGGUCUUCAUGCAGGUUUCUUGAGUUUGUAUUCAGACCUUGAUAUUCCAAUCCAAAUGCCUCUUGGAGUUGCCCACCAUACGAGUUAUGGUCGAUUUCCAAUUUAGUCUUAGGGGUGAAAGGGAACAAACUACUUGGAGUGCAUAGGGUGUUUGUCUAUAUUCAUCAAAUACAUGGGGAAAGGUGGACUGGUGGUAGUGCCCUGUAUUCAGGAAAUCUUAGGUCAGUUUCCAGCUCUGAAGCAGACUUUGUGUGACCUUGGGCAUGUUGCUUAAUUUCUGUGCUUUAGUUUCAUGACUGUAAAACGGGGAUGCUACUUCCCAUAGAUAUAUUGUGAGGUUAAAUUCAUAUUUAUGAAAUACUCCAAUAUAAUGCAGGGAACCAUAAUAAAAACCCAGGUAAUGCACAAUUAUGGUAAUCAGUGGUGUUUUUCUGUUACAUUUGAUCAUAUCAAUUUUUAUCUGUAGUACUUACUCAUUUACACAUAAAUACACUAGUGCAGAAGGACAAAUACAAGAUAAGUAAUUUUUAUUGCCUUCUUGCUUGCGCAUGUGUAGCUAAGCGCAUUACUGGGGGCAAAGGUCCUUGAAACAAGGAAGAAAUUAGACUAAUUUUACAUAGUUUUCAAUAUGAAAUAAAGAAAAUAUGCCUUCUAAAAUUUUCCUCCUAAAGUCUUGUCAAGUUCUUCUCUGCAUGUGAUAGAAGCUUUGAGUCCAUUGCUUGGAAUUAGUUUUGAAAGAAUCAACUUCCCUGGGGCAAAGACAAUCAAUUUGCUUCGGACAUGUUCUUUAGUAGCAGAAUGACAUGAUUAUGAACAUGUUAAAAAAUACAUCAGCUGGAAAAGAGAGGAUAGUGCAACUGUUUCACAGUCUGAUGUCCCUAAACUCGUGAAGAAGAAAAAAGCUUCUACCUUCUUGUCAUGGAUGUGGUGGGAGAAAAUGAGGCCCUGCAGCAGUUCUUUGAAGGGCAAGAUGUGCAUGGAGCCCUGGAGAAUGCUAUGGUGGAUACAAGUAUGUUGGAAGAAUUCCUUGGCAGUGACUUGGAAUUUGGAGCCUUGCAAAGCCUGUUACCAGAAUCCCCGCCAGAUUCAGGAUCAGAACCAUAUUCUCCAGCACAACUGAAGGCUUUACAUUAUGAUGCUUCAGGGCCCACUGGACUGCGGCCGUCACUUUCCUUCCCUUCUGCGGGGGCACCCGAUACGUUUCCUUGUAGAUACCCUGACAGUUUCUCUGACGUGAGCACCAAUGGACAUUCUUGUGGUGUUCCCCAAGACUGUUGUCUCAAGACAGAUAAUGCCAUGUCUCCCUGGAAUACUUCUAUAUCCUCCAGCUGUCUGGGUUUAAAUUAUUCCUACCUUCAGCCAAGGGCCUCUCAUAGUGCUGGUAUUUCCCUGGCAUCAGCUAAAAAGAGAAGGCACUCACAAUUGUCAGAAGAUGCCACUGAUUCUCCACUAUGGACUAACAACUCUCUGCAGGUGACAGUAAAGGACUGUGGCACUGAAGUGCAAGACUAUGACAGCGAUGGACAGAAUGUAGCGGCUGUGGACAAAUGUUAUCAGACUCUAACAUGGCAGCCGUAUCAAACUUCUCACUGGAGCAGCUUAUUUAACUAUAGUUACGAAAAACUCCCUGAUGUAGGAUACCACAUUGUCACAGACAAAGGAUUUAAUUUUUCAACAGCAGAUGAUGCUUUUGUAUGCCAGAAGAAGAACCAUUUCCAGAUCACAGUCCACAUCAGUGUUGUUGGGAAUCCAAAAUAUGUCAAAACCCAGCUGGGGUUGAAACCUAUCGAAAAGUUUUACUUGAAAACUUUUGGAAUUAAGGUGGACGCCCCAAAUCAGAUAAUCACCAUUGAACAGUCUCAGUUGGACCGAAGCAAAAAAUCUUUCAAUCCUGUUAAAUUUGAUCUACCAGCAGACCAGGCAACCAAAGUGACACUGGGAAGGUUACAUUUCAGUGAAACAACAGCAAAUAACAUGAGAAAAAAGGGAAAACCUAAUCCUGACCAAAGAUACUUCAUGCUGGUGGUUGGACUAUAUGCUGUCACUCAGGACCAGUCCUAUUUAUUGUCUGCACAUGUCUCUGAAAGGAUCAUUGUGAGGGCAUCUAACCCUGGGCAGUUUGAGAAUGACAAUGAUGUGUUGUGGCAGCGAGGACAUGUUCCAGAGACCAUAGUCUGUCAUGGUCGAGUAGGAAUUAACACAGAUGCACCAGAUGAAGCGCUGGUUGUCUGUGGAAAUGUGAAAGUGAUGGGAACAGUCAUGCAUCCAUCUGACAGUCGAGCAAAACAGAAUAUCCAGGAGGUUGACCUAACUGAGCAGCUGAGAAGAAUAGCGCAAAUGAGGCUCGUUGAGUAUGACUACAAGCCUGAAUUUGCAUCUGUAAUGGGAAUAAACAGUACCCAUGAAACAGGAAUAAUAGCCCAGGAGGUGAAAGAGCUUUUACCGACAGCUGUAAAAGAAGUUGGAGAUAUUACCUGUGAAAAUGGAGAAAAAGUAGAGAACUUCCUCAUGGUUGAUAAGGAUCAAAUUUUUAUGGAGAAUGUUGGUGCAGUUAAGCAGCUCUGUAAACUAACCAACAACCUUGAAAUCAGGAUAGAAGAAUUGGAAGUGUGGAAUAGAAAACUGGCCAAGCUGAAACGGAUAAGCAGUUUGAAGUCAACAGUCAGUGAAAAGAGCACAUGCAGCAAAUUUAGUCGAGCUGCUAGUCUUUUACCACCAAGAAAACCAGUCCCUAUACCACAAAGUAAGGUUUGUUUAUCUGAGAAAAAACAGUCAUGGCCCAACAGGAUUUUCCAGAGCACUGUAAUAGCUUUGAUAGCUGUUAUGGCACUAUGUGCCUUGACAAUAUCCACUCUUUACAUACUUAGCAUAGAAGAGCAAGACAUUAGUCAAAAUCCCAUUCACAGCAAUGCUACAAGUUCCAUUAUGCAGCCUCCGUACACCACCGUGGCAGCACCCCGUGACAGCACAGCUUCUCCAACCAUGACAUCCAGCAUUACAGUCCCCGAAGUGAAUUUCUGUGACAUCUUGCCUUGUGACAAGACCUAUUGCUGUUCAAUUCAUCAAAUACAAAGAAAAAUUCCAAGAUACCAGACCACGAUGACAGGGGAGAGAAACAAAAUUAAAGCACUACAAGAGAGGAGAUUGAUGGAAAAACCUGAUCUUGGAAUUGACUGGAUUGAUACAACAAUCAGUUCCAUGCAGAUUUUGGAAACGCAGCAAAAAAUUGACCGUCGCUAUUGUAGUAAAGGUCUACAGUGCAGGUCUGGAAAUUACAGCUAUGUUAUUCCUGUUAACAAAUACACGCCCAUCAAUGUAAUACUCUCAUUGGAAAUCAACACUACAGAGCCAUUAAUCGUCUUUCAAUGCAAAGUCGCUUUUGGAAAUAUGUGUUCCCAUCAGCCACGAAACAGAAAGAAACGGGAGGCUUUCCAGGAAACCACCCAGGGAUGUCAGCAUAUUUGGAUUCUCCCUGUAACUUGGUGGUAUGACAGUGCAUACCAUUUCCGAGUAGCUGCACCGGAUCUUGCAAACUGUUCAACAGAUCCAAAUUAUGCUGGGAUAUUUUUUACUGAUUACUACUUCUACUUCUAUCGACAGUGUAACUAAAAUAUUGCUGAUCAUUCUGUUUACUGGGGGGGAGGAGGGGAAGAGGAAGAUAAUACUUAUGGUACCAAAAAGACUAUUGUCUUAGUAAAAGUUUGCAAAUGAAAUGAGAUGUGUGGAAUGUUUCCUAGUUUUUGUUUAACCAUUAACUUUUAGAGACAAGUGGGCAAAAAUAAAUUAUUUGACUGUAGUCCAGGCUCUGCAUGUCAAGUCAUUACUUGUAAAAGGAUGUGAUUUCUGAAAAUCAAUGGAGAGCUUGAUGUGUAGAUAUUAAAGGGUUCCACUGCUCUUAGCAAUGCUAUAAAAUAAAGUAAAUGGGGAAAAAAUAGUGGCAUUCUAAUAUACUUCAGACUGUUCAGAAGAUUUUGACAUAAUAAAAAUAUCAGUUGCAGCUGAGACUUGUUUUUGUCCUACAAGCAUCUACCUUCCAUUAUUGUCUGCCUCCUUCUUUAUAGUAUAUAUGAUUUCUACCAAACAAAAGCU